GACUCAGUUUCGGGUUCAAACGAAAACGCCAUAAUUGAAAGUAGAGUUAAUAAUUGAUAAAGUCGAUUAAAAAUCAUUGAUAUCACAUAUUAUUUGAAGUGUUCAUUGAGACUCAAAUUUCAAGUGCAUAGUAUCAUACAUAUUUUGUGAAAGAGAUCGGAGCUGUUCAAAUUUGUUAAUACAUAUUCACCACCACAUUGGAAGUUGUACCAGGCGAAUGAUUAUUCAAACUUCUACUAUCGUUAUCGAUCACAAAAAUGCCGAAUAUACGACCACUAAAUCCAGACUUGGCUAGAAAAGCUAGGGAAGAGCUAAACGAGGUACCGGAGCGAAUCGACAAUGACCUGGCUGCGCUUCGAACAUGGCUGGCAAAAAGCCCCCAUAUCAAAGCCCGAGACGAUGAUCAAUUUCUGGUGACGUUUCUACGAGGUUGCAAAUAUAGCUUGGAACGCGCGAAAGAAAAACUGGACAUGUUCUAUACGGUGCGAUCGGCUUUGCCAGAGCUAAUGAAAAAUCGCGAUCCAUCCGACAAGGACUUAGCCGCUAUACUUAGGACCGGUUGUUUCGUACCUUUUCCUCAGACGGAAACACCGGACGGUCCUCGAUUGGUGCUCGUCAGACCCGGUGUUGGUGAUCCAUCCAUGUUUUCAAUGCAGCAGGUGUUCAAAUUACAGACGAUGAUUUUAGACAUAAUGAUGAAGGAGGAUGAUAAUCUAUGUAUUGCUGGCCAGGUCGGAAUCGCGGAUAUGUCACAUACAACGAUGGCUCAUUUCCUACAGUUCAAUCCGACCUUAAUGAAAAAGAUUUCUUUAUUAGGUCAAGAUGCGUCACCACUUCGUAUGAAAGGAGCUCACCACAUUCACACUCCACCUGGAUUCGAAACUAUAUUCAACAUGUUUAAAGGAUUCAUGAACGCGAAAAAUCGAUCAAGACUAUUUGUACAUGGAAGCAAUAUGGAGGCUUUGUUCAAAGAAAUCCCCCAGCGUUUAUUCCCAGAGGAAUACGGCGGCGAGGCAGGGUCUAUUCAAUCCAUUGUGGAUGAAUGGGUGAAAAAAGUUGAGAGCUACCAGGAUUAUUUCAAAGAAGAGGAACAAUACGGGACAGAUGAGACGAAACGAAUUGGGAAACCCAAAAAUGCAGAAAGCCUUUUUGGUUUCGAAGGGUCAUUUAGAAAGCUAGAAGUCGAUUGAUACAUUCUGAAUGCAUUAUAGCUGAUAUGAGCUGACCAAGAAGCAAGAGGAUAGAUAAAAUUGAAUUGUAGUAAGGCAUUAGAACCUGAUUCGUUGGUAUAUAAAAAGUUUUUAUUAAAUAA